AUGUCAAGCACUAUGUCUCGAAUAAAUCGAUUUCUAUCAAAAUCCCAACUUACUAAUACUCGUUUCAUAUCUCUUCUUGCAACUGAGUCCCAAAGUUUCGUCGUCUCUAGGUUUAUUCCAUACAAAUAUAGCGCAGUUUAUGAUUUAAUCGCAGAUAUAGACAGCUACUCGGAAUUUCUUCCAUACUGUCUCCAUUCAGAAGUCACUAAAAAAUCCUUGCCAGAUCAGAACGGCAGGUCAUGGCCAUCCGAGGCGAAUUUGAAAGUUGGGUGGGGGGGGAUAGAGGAAAGUUUUACCUCGCGGGUAUUUUGUUUGCCAGGGUCCAUUGUUGAGGCACUUGGUGGUGAAGCAGCCACUUCGCUGCCUAAAGAUAAGCUUGCGCAUCACAUCAAUACGAUCGACGCUCCAGCGUUGUCUAACAAUAUUUUCCGCUCGCUCCGCACAAGAUGGAUGGUUAGGUCUGUUGAAUAUGGGCUAUCUUUUCCAGACCGUCAAGAAAUAGCUAUCAAUCGGCCCGAGAAUCCCGGGACUGAAGUCCAUUUAAGCCUGGACUUCCAAUUUUCGAAUCCUCUCUACUCUUUGGUCAGCAAGUCUAUGGCACCGAAGGUCGCUGGAAUGAUGAUAGAGGCAUUCGAAACCAGAGCUAGACUAUUGUUGGAAAGACAGGUAAUGGAUAAAUGA